GUAGGUUGCGCGGGCCGCACGGCAGCCUCCGCCGGAUCCCCCCAGCAGGCUCCUCAGGUGAGGCGUCGCGCUCACCAGCGGUUUCACUUUCUCCUGAGUGUCGGGGAACGCACUCGCUGUGAGCCUGGGGUUGCUCAACGCCAAACACAACAACCCGAAGCCCCCGCAGCACGGCACCAUGAGCAAAAAGAAAAAGGAGUGGAAGGCGGAGAAAGAGCGCUUACUCAGUCUUGGACUGGAGGAAAGACGUAAAGAGUACGGAGGGAACUAUGUGACUUUGGAGAAGAUAGCCACCUGGAGACGACAUGGCAAGAGUACAGCACCAGAGGAAGAGGAGGCCCAUCCCGCCUCAUUGUGUGACAAAGUCUCUUUGUACAAAGGUGACAUCACCAUCCUGGAGGUGGAUGCCAUCGUGAAUGCCGCAAACUUCAGUCUUCUUGGCGGCGGAGGAGUGGAUGGCUGCAUACACCGAGCAGCAGGACAUUUCUUGUACGAAGAGUGCCACUCACUAAACGGCUGUGACACAGGCAAAGCCAAGAUCACCUGUGGCUACGACCUGCCUGCCAAAUAUGUGAUCCACACUGUUGGCCCUAUUGCCAGGGGCAGCGUGGGCCCUUCCCAAAGCGACGACCUCAAAUCCUGCUACGAGAAUUCGCUCAAGCUGGUGAAGGCAAAUAACUUGCGUUCUGUGGCCUUUCCCUGUAUAUCGACAGGAAUUUACGGCUUUCCCAAUGAGCCGGCAGCCGACAUCGCCCUGAAGACCGUGAGGGACUGGGUGGAGGAGAACAAGGAUGAGAUCAAGCGUGUCAUAUUUUGUGUCUUCCUGCAGACGGAUUAUGAAAUUUACAAAAGGAAGAUGUCAGAUUUCUUCCCUCCAGAUAACAAAGAAUGUGAGGAGGGUGAUAUGGCCCAACCGGAGGAUGAUUCUAAGAAAGAGGCUCCUGAAGAUGAUGAUAUGCUGAGCCAGGCACAGGAAGAUGAGAAGAUGGACGACGCUGGCACGCAAAGCCAGAAAUCAGAAAAUAACACCGCAGCUGAUGAAAAUCCUAAGGAUGAGAAGGAAAUGGAUAUCGACGGAAGCAACACAGUGGAGGAUGUAAACCCGCCAGGAGAGCACAAAGCUGAGGAAGAGAUGCCAGAACAGAAGAAGGGAGAGUCUGGGGAUGCUGCUGAGAGAGAGCCUGGCGGAGAGGAGAAGAUUCAGAGCGCUCCCGGAGAUGCACAGGCACAGCAAGAGAAAGACCAAGCAAAGAGUGUGGACACCAAGGAUGAAGACAGCCAAGGAGGUGCGGAUGCCAUGGAAGGCAUUGAAGAUGGAGAGAAAAAUCCACCUCCUGUCGCUAAUGAGGAUGAAGUCAGCAAUGCUAAAGUGGAGCUGAAACAUCAGGGUGAGGUCCCUCCAGAACCAAACCAAGUAACUCAGACAGACAGCAGUCAGUCCAAAGAUGGUUCAACUGAUAAGAAUGAUCCCAAGAAGGAAUGAGAUGACAAUCAGCCUCGUAGGUACACGCACCGGCAAACUGUGUGAAGGCGAACAUCACACCACUCUAGUUUCCCACACAGUGGAGUCUACCCAAAAAACAUGGAGCGAGGAAGAUUCCCAUCUGUCCACCAUCCUCCUUCUUCUUCCCUUUUACUUUCUUGCUUUCCUUUUCCCUUUUGAUGGGGCUAACAUUUAUUGAAACUUAUGAAUUGCAGACGAAUUAGAAAAGUGUAUUUGAACAUAUCAUAGAGGAUGAAGGGUUUAUAGAGCUUGGCAGGGGUCAAUGUUUUACCUCACUGAAUUGCUGCUUGGUCAUUUCUGAUCUUCUGGGCAUUCUGGUGCUGGAUUUAAAGAAGUUUAGUUAAUUAGUUAGAACGAUAGGUUAUACAGACUCGCCAUAGAAAUGUUUCUCAAUGAUUGAUGCUUUGGGUUUGAAUUGAAAAUGACAGUAACAGUGGGUUUAUUUGAAAGUCUUUGUUUUAUUCAAUGAUUAACGAUAAUGUGACAUGUAAGGAUCCACAUUCAUGUUUACGUCUGGCCAAUGGUAAAACGAAAGCAACUUAUCACCUGCAUUAGCAUGCGAAUGGCACGCUCUGAGUUAUAAGUGGCAUAUUUUAGUUCUUGGAUCGGUCUACUUGAACCAUGCUAUAACAUGUUAUGUCAGAUGACAUAUGCUGUCAUGUGUUGUUAUAACAGUGUCAUGUUCCUAUUACGACAGAUGCCAAAAUGUUUAUGGUAACUACACAUAGCAUGUGAACUAAGCUGGCAUCAAACUUUAAAGCAUAUGUCAUGACAGUUAACAGAAUUUUUCUGCCAACACAACUUAUUACAGCAUAUGACAUGUUUAUGGCAUGGUUAUGUAGCAGGCUUCAAGGAACGUGUUACCCUUGGGUUUGCAUCUGAUAUUACUGCAUUUCUUGUUCGCCAAGUUUGUAUAAAUGCAUAGAUUUGAAUGGCCAGGCAGAUCGUUGGCUUAAUACGUUAUAAUACGAUAAUUUCAUCUUGCACUGAUGUGACUGAGCAGUCAAACCAAGUUUAACGUAAAUAGGCAGAGUGUGAGCGGACUGUUCAUUUUCUCCUGCAAACGAAGUUCGAGUUCGGAUUCAUGUGUCGUUUGGCCGUACGGUAUUCCAUCGUCAUGCUUACGCUCGCAAAGAGGUUCACAUUUUCGCUGUAUUCUGCUUUGAACACCAAGCUGCACUACGAAACCUCUCUAACGUCUUUUCACAUCAGCAUCUAUUAUGUCUCACUGGGCCACCGAUCACUUUCAACCUUCAAAAAACGGCUCACUUGGCUCACAUAUGUUAAAAAAAAACGACAGCAUCUACCGCAUCAGCGUGUUUGCGGGAUGGUUUUCUCAGUGUUUACCCUAAUGCAUGCCAGCAAUUUUUUUAACCACACACUAGCUCUCAAUAUUUUAACUAGACUGUCCCUGUGUUCCUGAAAAUCUGCCUUAUUUGACAUAACACAUCCUACAUGAUCACAAAAAAAUGGUGGUGGUGCAAAUGCAAAUACUAUGUGUCGCUUUGAAUGAAUUAAUUAAUAUAUAAGGUAAUGAGUGAUAAAAAAAAAAAUCCUUGUAUUUUUUCUUGCGUUCGAGACUUUUUUGUUGAUGAAGCAAAAAUAUAUAUUUCAUUCAUUCUGUUCUGAAAGGCUGAUUAGUCACUUUAAGUGGUGCCAUACUGAUAUCAGAUGAACUUAUGCCUUCAUAAUUUGAUGUUUGCUUUGCUAUACGACUACGAAUAAAGUUUAAAAAAAAUUCUU